AUGAUCUCGUGUGCUGAGCAGCGAAGCCGGCAGGGAGAGGCCGGCGGAGGCCUGGCUCCAGUGGCUCCAGCGUCCCUCCUGCUUCGGCUCCCCCGGGGCAGCUCUGGAAUUCUCUCCGUGCCUGCUGUUGCCAUGCACUCAGCUGGGCCUCACGGGGCCGAGUCCCCGAUGAACAGGCAGGAAGAGAAGGAUGCAGAGCUGGACCGGAGGAUAGUUGCUCUUCGAAAGAAGAACCAGGCCCUACUACGCAGGUACCAGGAGAUCCAGGAGGACCGGCGGCAGGCGGAGCAGGGGGGCAUGGCUGUGACCACACCGGAGCUCCUGCGCCCUGACAGCCUCACCGUCACCAUCAGCCAGGUUCCCGGUGAGAAGCGGGUGGUCAGCCGGAACUGGGCAAGGAGCACCCUUGGGCCCGGAGCAGCCAAUGAGAUGCCGGAGGAUGAGGAGGUGGGGGACCUCGCUGAUACUUUCUGCUUGGGGGAGCGGGUGGAGCUGGCCGUGACCAUGGAAAACAAAGCCGAGGCCAAGCGGAUCGUAAGUGAGAAGCCCAGACCGAGGAACCAGGGGGCAGAAGGGUCACCUGUAGAGGGCAUGGGCCGGAGCUCCUGCAUGCACAUGGCUGCCAGCUUGGAUUCUGCUCGGAGGGGUGCCCGGGAGCCCCGGAAUCCAGGCCUGGGACGCUCAGCUCCCCACCGGCCCGUGUGGGGGCCCCUAGAGGACGGCUGGGACUAUGCGCAGUGGAAGCAGGAGCGGGAGGAGAUUGACCUGGCCCGCCUCGCCCGGCACAGGGAUGCACAGGGUGACUGGCGCCGCCCAUGGGACCUGGACAAGGCCAAGCCCACGCUCCAGGGCUCCAGCAAGCCUCGGGAUGAGGGCCCCGGCAGGGCAGGCGGCACCAGGGGUCCCAGGAGCCACCGGAAGCUACAGCCCCCACCACUGUCCCCUGAUGGCAAAGGUGGUACUACUCAGGGUGGGCAAUCUAGCAGACCCUUGGUGGCACUGGCCCUACACAGCAAAGCCCGAGGGACGGAGAGGCUGACUGGCAGGGCCCGCAGGUGGGAGACAAAGGAAGACAAGGAGGAGGUGGAGAGGCAGGAGGGAAGUGAAAGCACGAGGCAGACUCUGAGUGAGAAGGAACAUGCACAGACACAGAGCAGGAUGGAGCAGGGCAGACCCCCGAGUGCCCCGGCAACCAGCCCAGCUCCAGCAUCCCCGGAGGGGACAAAAGGGGAAUCAGAAGCUUCGACAGCCAGUCCGGUCCCUGGCUCUCCACAAAACACUGACUUGGUUCCCCUUGACCUCUCUCUAGGAGGCGCCGGUAGCCCCGGGCCUGGGAAGAGCGUGUGCCUGAGGCCUGGGGCCCAGGAGAGUCCUGUGUCCCGGUGGGAUGGUUCUGAGCAGCCUGUGUGGUGGGAUGAGCCCCAGGCUGAGCAGGAAGUCCAGGCUUGCUCUGAGCCACAAAGAGGAGCAGGGCCCCUAGAACCCAGAAAAGACAGGUCUGGCAAGGCUGGGGCCCAGCAGGGCCUGGCACCUCGAAGCAGGCCCCCCAGAGGAACUGGACAAAGAGCGAGGGGCACAGGAGGUGUGAGGAGCAGAAGAGGGGGCCCUGGCCCUGCAGGGAGAUGCUGAGCAAAGCUCCUGGGAGCAGGGGCACCAGACUGGGAAGAGAAGGAAAGAUCGCAGUCAAGAGCCUUCUUUGUGAUGGGCGUCUGGUUGCUGUGGCUUGUGGCCGUCUGGCUCAACAGUUUGGCAAACUCUCUGGCACAGUGACAUGUGGUGGCAAGGAGCUGUCCUUCCCUGCACCUCAUGUGCACAUCCCUGUGCAUGUGUGUUUCCCACCUGGUCUCUGAGGCUGGUAAGCCCUCUCUUGGGUCUACUGCAGCCCUGGCCACAAGCUGGCCCCGUCCCUCCCCACCCCUGAGGGAGAGAGCAAGGCUGAGAAGCACUUAGCACCUGGCUGCAUGGCCUCCCUCUCCAGCUGCCAGCGUCCAGCUCCUCAGUGCAGGCCCCCAGCAGCUGGUAUGACCAGUCCAGGCCUGGGCCCUUCCCCUCGCCUCUGCCUUACACCCAGAUAACUCACAGCCCCAGACUCACAGGGUGGCCAAUUCAGCAGCCAGAAGCCUUCCGCCCUCUGGAAAAGGAGGCUGAGGCCCAGAGAAAGGGAGGCCACAACUGCAGAGGCUGAGCUGGGGCUAGAAGAGCAGGCUCAGGUCUCCCCUAGAAAGACGUCCUCUCUGAAAUGGGGUGAGAGUGGGAGGGGAGGGGACAGUCUCCUCUCCCCACAGUAAAGUGGGAGAGCUUACCAUCAGGGACCACCCCCCACACCAGAUCAGGCACUGAAUGCACCCUGAAUGGGGACAGGGAGCAGCCCUGCAGCCUGGGGUCAUUUCCUGCCAUCGCCUACUUCCUCCCCCCACCACCUCACUGCACCACAGUCAGGCAAAAGCAGGGACUCAGACAGGAUCUCAGAGACGAGAAACAGCGACUCUCCAUAAGUACGACAGCAGGGCUUGUCUUUCCGACUUAAGUCUCCAUUUCUGCCCCUCCUCUGAGGCCCACGUCUGGUGAAUUAUCCAGACUCCGCACAAGCUGUGGCUUCCUCUCAAUUCAACAAACAUUUCCUGAGCACACACUACCAGCACUGCAGCCUGUGGGCGACAGUGACUUUGCCAGCAAGAGGGAGGGAGGAAACCUAGUCAUCCGGCAGAUCCAGGCUGCACAGCAGGAGCCGUUCUUGAAUGUAGGUGCCCGACAGGGGACAGGGACUAGGAUGGUGGUAGGAACCCUCCCUUUCUCAUCACGUGUACCCUUUGCCCCCGAGCCCUUGCCUGGAUCUCCCCAUGGGACCCCCUCUGCUCCCUUCCUCUCUGCUCCCGCCAUGGCUGUUCCUCUCUGGCCUCACCAGCUUCCCUAGGUUCUCUGGGGAGUAUCCAGAUUGUCCCCAGGAUUUCCAUUGUCAAAGUGAGGCCUUGACCAUGAGGUCGCAGCCUGGGCUUCCUCCCUGGUUCUCACUCCACCCUCCCCAACUAUUCAGGAAGCGUGAGGAGGGGCUCGACGGUUUCCAGCAGUGCUUCUCACACGUGAAGGCCCAGAGUAAUGCAGAUUCUAACUCAGCAGGUGGGGGCAGGCCUGGGAACUUUCAUUGCUGAUGCAUCUCCAGCUGGUGCCUAUGUGGCUGACUCCUGGACCACACUUGGGCAGUGAGGGUUUGGACCAGCAUAUAAGGGGGGCUGGGGGCAGAGACAGGCUGGACUCUCCCUGCCUGCUGCUGGCUGUGUGAGGGACGAGGAAGCGCUGGCCCUGUGUGGGGAGCUUCCUGGCUUCAGAGCUGGUGGGAAGCUGAGGCAGCUGGGAAGAUGCUGGAGAGGCCAGUGAGUGGGGCUGCCAGCUUCCUGUGGUGGAGAGUGAGAAAGCUGGGCAGAAAAGGGCUGAGAUGAAGGGGCUGGAAGAGGCUGGUGUGGGUUGGUCAAAGGGGUUUGGAAAAGGCUUGGCAACAUUCCUGUGCAUAUGGGAGGAAGACCCCUGUGAAAUGAAUAGGCAAGAAUGAGAGUCCAGCUCAAGCUUUCCUCUCGCCUUCCAGUCACACAGAUACGGCGUUGGAGCUUUGCUCUGGCCCUGGAGCCCAUGACUCCCAAAGGAUGGCGCUGGGGUAGGCAGAGCCCUUGAAUGCAAGUGUCUCCAAAAAUAAUUGUGAUCAAGACUUUGAAUUCUAAGGUUCACAAACUUCUCCCAACGCCAAUGCUUCCAACUGUACAGAUGUGCCUUCAUUCGAGGGGAUGUGCCAGGGCACGUUGACUGUGGGAUGGGGGUUUAGUAUUUGGGCAGAGCUCUGGUUCAGUCCUCACAACAGGACAUAAGCAAGAGAGAAAGCGGGACAGAAGGCUGUGGACAGACAGGACUUCUCUCCCUGAGAGUCGCAUCCAAAAGGAUGUUAGGAGGAAGGGAGUCACUAGGGGCUGGAAAGAAGACUGGCUCAGGACAUCUUCCCUGGAGGAAGAUGGUAGGGCGAGGUAAAGAUCACUGAACUUUAAUAACAAAGGCCAGUGUGGCUCAGUGGUGGAGCACCGGCCCACACACCAGAAGUUCUCGGGUUUGAUUCCUGGUCAAGGGCACGUACUUGGGUUUGUUCCAGGCCCCAGGUUGGGGCAUGUGGGAGGCAAGCAAUCGAUGUGUCUCUCUCACAGGAAUAUUUCUCUCUCUGUCCCUCUCCUCCUCCCUCCCUUCCACUCUAAAAUAAUCAAUGGGAAAAGUAUCCUGGGGUGAGGAUUAACAACAACAACAAAAAGGGAGCCCUUCUUCAGAAUAAAGGGAACCAGCAGCUAUGAGGACCACCCCUCCUGCUCUAAGAACCAGAAAUGGAGCAGGAGGGAAACCUGGGUAGACGCCCCUCCACAAAACUCGGGGUCCCGGAAGGCUGGCUUUCUCUCUUCCUGGACCCUUAAGGCCUGGUUGGGAGCCUUCCUCUUAGAAUCCCUUCUCUUCUCAACCAACGGACAAGAUUGCUCUUAAAAGUGGAAGUUCUUCAUGAGACAUGGCUUUCAGGAGCCCAGGCACAGAGCUGGAGGAACUCAGGGAGGGCACAGAGUGUAACAGGAAACCAGCAGGGAGAUGACAGCUUUACCGAAGGCCUCAAAACAGGGAGCGCGGAAGAGGCAGGAGGCAUCCCUGUGCUGGGCCCAUAUCACUUCGCAGAGAGGGACAGCAGACCAUAUUGUAAGGGAGAUAUGUGUUUUGUUUUGUUUUAAAAAGAUUUUUUAUUGAUUCUUAGAGAGGAAGGUUGAGGGAGAGAGAGAAACAUUGAUGCAACAUCGAUCGGCUGUGUCCUGCACUUCCCCAACCGGGAUCGAGGCUGCAACCUGGGCAUGUGCCCUGACCAGGAAUUGAACCAGCAACCUUUCAGUGCAUGGGACAAAGCCCAACCAACUGAGCCACACCGGCCAGGGUGAGAAGGACCUUUUUUGAUGAUGGGACACACAUGGGCCUUGGGAUCCGACAGACUGAAUCUGAAUCCUGUUUGCCAUCUGCCAGCGGGAUGACCUUGGUCAAUUUAACUUCUAAAAGCCUGUUUUCUUAUCUGCAACAUGGGGCUGGUAAUACCUAUCUUGAAGGGUUGUUCAAAAAAUUAAAGAGUACGCAAAAUAUGCCUGCACACAAUAGGCACUUUAUUAAUAGUAGCCUGGCACCUGGAAGGCACUUAGUAUUUGUUGAAUAAAUGAAGUAGCUAUUUGGUGUGACCUGUCUA